CUUCUGACUACGGGUGCCGCCGGCCCCAAGAUCGGACAUGGCCCAGAACUUGAAGGACUUAGCAGGACGGCUGCCCUCUGGGCCCCGGGGCAUGGGCACGGCGCUGAAGCUGCUGCUGGGUGCCGGGGCCGUGGCCUACGGCGUGCGCGAGUCCGUAUUCACCGUGGAAAGCGGGCACAGAGCCAUUUUCUUUAAUCGGAUCGGUGGAGUGCAGCAGGACACCAUCCUGGCCGAGGGCCUUCACUUCAGGAUCCCGUGGUUCCAGUACCCUAUCAUCUAUGACAUUCGGGCCAGACCCCGAAAAAUUUCUUCCCCCACAGGCUCCAAAGACUUGCAGAUGGUGAACAUCUCCCUGCGUGUGCUCUCUCGACCCAAUGCUAUGGAGCUUCCCAGUAUGUACCAGCGUCUAGGGCUAGACUACGAAGAGCGAGUAUUGCCAUCCAUUGUCAACGAGGUGCUCAAGAGUGUGGUGGCCAAAUUCAAUGCCUCCCAGUUGAUCACCCAGCGAGCCCAGGUAUCCCUGUUGAUCCGAAGGGAACUGACAGAGCGAGCCAAGGACUUCAGCCUCAUUCUGGAUGAUGUGGCCAUCACAGAGCUGAGCUUCAGCCGGGAGUACACAGCUGCUGUGGAAGCCAAACAAGUGGCCCAGCAGGAGGCCCAGCGGGCCCAAUUCUUGGUGGAAAAAGCAAAGCAGGAGCAGCGGCAGAAGAUUGUGCAGGUCGAGGGUGAGGCUGAGGCUGCCAAAAUGCUGGGAGAAGCAUUGAGCAAGAACCCUGGUUACAUCAAACUGCGUAAGAUCCGCGCGGCCCAGAACAUCUCCAAGAUGAUCGCCACCUCCCAGAACCGGAUCUAUCUCACCGCUGACAACCUUGUGCUCAACCUGCAGGAUGAAAGCUUCACUCGGGGAGGUGACAGCCUCAUCAAGGGUAAGAAAUGAGCCCGGGUGACCAAGAUCUCCACCCCCAGAGAGCAAGUGGAUUUGUUUCUCCCCUGGUUUUUGAGGAGCCAGCUCCCUCCCCCAUUCCCCUUUAUCAUGUGAUGGUCCCCUCUGCACCUGACCUCCUGGGCCUUGGAUGAAUGAAGACUGACCCAUUUUCAGGGGAACAACUUUCCUCCUCCCUGUGUGGCCAAGGUUGUUGGGACAGUGUGUGAUUUCUAGAUGAUUUCCUAUAGUGUUGGUUCCUCCCUCAAAGUUGGGAGGCAAUAACCAUCCCAGGAAUUCUCAAUAAAUUUUUAUUACUUAAG